CAGAAAGCAGUUGACAAGAGAAGAUUUUCAUCCUCUUCGUCUGACACCAUGGGUGAUGUCAGCUCUUCCCUCUAGAGAGGUGGUCGACUUCAACAAUGUUGAAAAUCUUGGCGGUUCUGGUGCCGACCUUCUUCUUGGCCGUCUCAGGACAAUGUGACUGGGGAACAUAUGGCGAGCACUGCAACUUGACUUGUCCUGUGAACUGUGCCCUAGUUCCAUCAAGAAAUCUUCAGCACUGUAACAGAGACACGGGGAAGUGUUCUGCGGGAUGCCGGCGUGGUUGGCAUGGUGAUCUGUGUGACCAAUCCUGCAGCACCAAUUGUCUCAACAAGACAUGUAACCUGCAAACUGGGCACUGCACACUUGGCUGCUAUGGAACCAACAUUGGAGAUUUUUGUAACAGUACACGAGAGUGUGACCGUGGCUUGUAUGGAGAUACGUGUAAACAUCCCUGCAACAGGAACUGUGUGGAGGAAAGAUGCAACCAAAAAACUGGCGUGUGUGUACUUGGUUGCAAUGGGACUUAUACUGGAGAGUUCUGUAACAUCACGACAGUUAGCAACAUCAAGGAAGAAGCAGACAAUCUGGCUGCCAUACUGGUUCCUGUCUUCCUGGUUGUAGCUGUAUUCGCCACAGUCGUCGCAGUCGUCGUGGUCCUAUUAUGGCGCAGACGGAAAAAUCGUGCACAAAAUGCGGGUGCUUCAUUCAACGAGGACCUUCUGUUAUCCCGUGGACACACGGAUGAAGAAAAAGCUUCAAGCGGGGACACUCCAGUACAAACUGGAAUAAUGAAGGAAGAUGGCGCUGAAGCCGAGGAGAAGACUCCACCAGAGACUGGAAUAAUGACUGAAGAUUUGCUGCUACAACGGAUGGCGCAGGCAGAAGUCUUGUUUGAGAAAACCACCAUCUACCACACAGUGAGGAAAGAACUGAAGAAACACAAACAUGUAACGAUGAGUGGAACAGCUGGGGGAGGGAAGACCGCCAUUGCUCUGGUGUUAGGGAAACAGUAUAACGAUAGGGGCUUUAAAGUGUUUUGGUUACUGAUGUUUGCAAAAUCAAUCUGCGCGGCUGUUUAGACAGAGAGGAAAAGGGUUGUUUUAUAUUUCAUGACAUCUUCAAAACGGUCGAUUUAGCAAGGGACAAACCACAGGUUGACCGCAUUUUACGUGAACUGGAACAAGAGCUGAAAAUGUGUAAAACCAGACCUGGAGACAAAAGGGAAGUUUAUGCAAUAUUAACUGCAAACACAAAUAGAGGUGAAAUAUCGCACUUUGGGGAAACAUUUUUUAGUGGUUCUUCUUUUAUUGACUUCACACUGUUGUCUCGUCAGUACUCGCCUGAGGAGAAGAAGGAAAUAUUUAACAAACAUCGUAAAUCAUCAGAAUCAGGUGAUCGUCAGGACCUCGACGUAGACGCGAUUUGUAGUUUUGAACAAUCUGUUUUAGGCUUUCCUCAAACAUGCAAACUAUUUUUUGCGUGUCAACAUUUUCGAAAGCAUCGUGAAAAGUUUUUCGGUGAACCUUUCUACUAUCUGAGAGAAGAACUGGAAACAAUUCUCCGCCAAAUGAAUGACGAGUCAGGUGCUCUCAUCCUGAUGUUUCUGUGUAAAGAGACACUGAACCUAAGAGAAGUAGAGAUGCCAUCUGGCAACCAGGACCUGGAAAGCAUGUUUACAUUGAUUAAAGAUGUUGUACGUAUUUCCUCACGAACAAAAUUAGCAAAAUCAAUCAGACAUUUCUCGGGUACGUUUUUCACAGAGGGAGACAUAACCGGAUUUGCUCAUCCUUCCAUCUACGAUGCCUGUGCGUGUGCAUUGUUCACUCUCAACCCAUCCCUCGUCUUGGAAUAUUGUCAUAUGAAGUUCCUUCGUGAUCAUGUGCGUCCUGACCUACAUCUGGAUACUUCUACUGUGGACAAGAAUCAACCUACUAUCCACGCAUCACAUGUCUACACUGCCAUGAUCGAUAAAAGACGCGCUUCGGACAGUCAUUCAGGGGAGGAGCUGCCAAACGAAGGAGUCUGCAAUGAUGGUGUCAUGAGCAGAGAUUGGCUGGACAAACAGGUCAUGAGGACAGAAAAAGUGUUUGUUAAAACUGGCAUCUACGAGAGAGUGAAGGAGAUGUUGGAGUAUCACCGGACACGUGACAAUGAGUGGUGCAGCAGGGGAGGGAAGACCGCCAUUGCUCUGAUGUUAGGGAAACACUAUGAGGGAGGAGGAAGGCUUUCAGCAGGUUCAUGUCGCUGAUGUUUCCAAGUUCAAGCUGGAUGUCUACUUUCGUGAACUACCUCACAGGAGCGUGUGUGUUUCAUAUUUCAUGACAUAAUUAGGAUCGUAGAGCGUUCAAGAGACAUAGCUGUUCUUAAAAAUGUUUUGCUUCAACUCAGAGUGUGUAAGAACAGGACACAAGAACACAAACUGUACACCAUAUUUACAGCUAACACAUACAUCAACCAUGGUGAGAUAUCACAGCUUGGAGAUGAAUGGUCAUAUGUCUUCAGUGGUCCAUCGUUCCUCGAUCUCAAUGAGAUGUCGUGUCAGUACACACCUGAAGAGAAGAAACUCAUCUUUAACAAACUUUGGAAAGGUUUUGACACAACUGUCGUUGUGGACAAGAUUUGUGGAGUCAACCAAUCCAUCCUUGGCUUUCCUCAAACAUGCAAACUUUUUGUUGGGUUCAAAACUUUUCAAAACCAUCCUGAAGAUUUCUUUCAAAGGCCUUUUCACUAUCUAAAAGAAGAAAUGAAUUCAAUUCUUGAACGUGAAGAUGAUCAGUCUGCCGCUCUUAUCCUCAUGUUUUUGUAUGAUGGUCCGCUGAACUUGCACCAAGUUGAACUCCCAUCUGACAACAAGGAUCUCGAGGAUCAGUUCAAGACCAUGAAAAGCGUGGUGGAAUUUACAACGAGGACAGCAGUAGCCAUGGCAGUCAGGCAGUUUCGUGGUAGCUUCUUCACAAAAGGAGAUAUAACGUCAUUUGCCCAUCCUACCAUCUAUGAUGCGUGCGCCGUCGCCUUAUACACGGACCACCAGGUAUUGGUGCUGAAACAUGCCAGUAUCCGGUUCCUUUGUAAGCAUGUGUACACCAAAGAAACAGAACAUAAGCCCUCUGAGACUAUGGUCUGUGUACCUAAAGCCUAUAUCAAUGAACUAAAAGAGAGGUUGUCUAAAUUAGGAAAACAACAUCCCAACUAUACAGACCUCAAGUCAUUGAUUAUAAAAUGAUCUGGCAAUAUCUGUUAUCCAGUGAAUGGAUCUGCACCACUGACAAUAUAACCAUUUCAUGACAAAUACUGUAUAGCGUAUAUUUCCAUGUAUCCAGAAGAGAAUACUUGUAGAAGAAUGUCAUGCUUCAUAGUGUUAUGUAUUAUUCAUUACUGCCAGAUAAAUGGACAAUCAUCAAAGUCCCUAUUGUGACCAUGUAUCAUCAGACAAAGUAAACGAGCAGGACACAUCUGCAAGAAACAAAGUCCCAAAACAUUUAAAGCAGAUUUUAUCUUACCACGUUUUUACUUAUAGAAUACAUGUUCUUUUAAUGCUUGGUUAAUUUUGUCUUAAUCGUCAACAUCUCAAGGGAUGAUGUAAAUCCACCCAUGCAAGUAGCAAAGGCACUGUGGGUCUCCAUGGUCUCUAGCAUGGUGAUCUACCUUCAAUUGUUGGCGAUCUAUAGCCUGUUUUAAUAUUGUAUUGUUGCGUGUAUAAUUAUUGUAAUAUGCUAGUUUUACGUCUUAAUCGGUGAUAGUGGUGUUAUUUACUGACCAUCGACGACAGACUUCCUAAUCAUGUCCAGUAUUUCAAUUUCCCUUGGCCAUGGCAGUCAGACAGUUCCGUGGUAGCGUAAUCACAAAAGAACUAAAAACAGGGUGUCCGAAUUAAAAAGAAGAAAAUCCCAACUGUACAGAACUCAAGACAUUGAUUGGAAAAUAACCUGGCAAUAUCUGUGACUCAAGGAAUGACACUUGUAAACCUGUCUUCAUCAGUCUGAUACAGUUAUCUGUUUAUGUUGACUUCCUAAAGAUGUAGAAGUUGCAAGAUGAAAUAUGAAGUCUAGACAUGGCGAUUAAAGAUUUUUCAUUUUAAGCAUAUGGUUUCCCCAUAAGUAUAUGUACUCAUCGAAGUGUAGGAAGCGAAAAUGAAACAGUUGCCACGGGACACACGGUGUCAGAUACAGUGAAUGGAUCUGUAUGACUGGCAAUAUAACCAUUUCAUGACAAAUACUGUACAGCGCCUAUUUCCAUGCAUCCAGAAGAGAAUACUUGCUCCAUGUUUGGUUUUAUUGUUCAUUACUGUCAGAUACCAAUGGAAUGGACAGUUCUCGUAAACACUGUAUUGACCAUACAGCGUAAACGAGCUGAACAAACUUGAAAUAAAAUAUUUGUCAUAUUGUCA